AUGUCACCAACACCGCUUUCAGAUGACACGAGUAAGAUCUCAAGCGAUGAUGUUGGUGAUGCAAAUUCUAGAGGGAAAAUGUUCAAUCUCAAUCAGUGUGUAUCGAGGCCUUUUCCUACUAAUGGAUCUGACGGUGGGUCAAAUGCUUUAGAUAGUAAUGGUGUGUCAGGUGAUGGAAUGGGAAAUGAGAACAAACUGAAGAAAGUUAAGCUGAAGGUUGGCGGUGUGACACGCACAAUACAAACCAAUUCCAAUUCUAAUGGUGCAUCAGGUAGUGCAUCUUCGGCAAAGACCAAUCAAUCAUCUGAUUCUCGACAGCGGCAGAAACUUAUCCUUCAGGAACAUUCAGAUGAAUAUCAUUCUCCAGCACAAGAUAAAAAAAGUGGCAUUCAAGGGAUCCCAUGGAAGGGUUUCUCCAAAGGUGGUUUUGGUCUUGGGAAGGAGGAUAAAGGGAGAAUGCUUGCAAAGAGUGCCUUUGAAAAGCAAGGAGAUAAGUCGGAUCCAGUUCGUAAGAGCAAAAGGAUGCCUAGAACUCGUGUUUUAGACGAGGAAUUUGAUGAAGAUGAUCAAGAUGAUGAGAUCAGGUACCUAGAAAAACUUAAAACUGCGAAGAUAGCAGGAUAUAAAGACACCAACACAGAAUCAACCAGAAAACAGCGGAAAGAUGGGAAGUUGGAAAACAUUGAAGGCACAGGGAAGUCUGGUAGGGAUUUUAAGGAGACCAAACCUGAUGACAUGGAUUAUGAGGAGGAAGAACUUUUGUCUGAUGGUGAACAUGAAGGAAAGAAGAAGAAAAAACAAAAGAAGGAUCUCUUAGAUUUACCAGUGGAAAACAAGAGGGAAAUGGCCCUCACUACUCGCCAGCGGGCCCUUCUGAGCAAGGAUACCCCUUCUGCAUCUGGUGCAAGUCAAAUUGAAUUCCCAAAUGGUCUACCACCUGCUCCAUCUCGAAAGCAAAAGGAGAAAUUGUCCGAAAUGGAACAACAGCUGAAGAAAGCUGAGAUCGCUCAAAGGCGUAAAAUGCAAAAUGAGAAAGCAGCACGGGAGUCAGAGGCAGAGGCAAUUAGAAAAAUACUCGGUCAAGAUUCCAGUAGGAAGAAGCGAGAAGAUAAAGUGAAGAAACGCCUGGAGGAGUUGGCACAGGAGAAGGUGGCCAGUGCUCAUAUGCUAGCAUCAAGCACCAUUAGAUGGGUCAUGGGCCCAACUGGGACCACUGUCACUUUCCCGCAGGAUAUGGGUUUCCCCAAAAUUUUUGAAUCCAAGCUUUGCAGUUAUCCACCUCCACGUGAAAAAUGUGCGGGCCCUUCUUGUACAAAUCCAUACAAAUACCGGGAUUCCAAGUCAAAGCUUCCUCUCUGCAGUCUCCAAUGCUACAAGGCUAUUCAUGAAAAGAUGCAAGUCGAAAAUGCCUUUUAA